UACUAUCACUGGCUGUUGAGUAUGCAAUAUCUUGAAAGAUCAAAAGAUAAUCCGUCGCUUAUUCCAAAGUAUCAUGCAAGUGCAAAAUUGGCUGAGAUGUACUACGCUUAUGAUGCUAUUUUUCUUUACUGCAAUCAGCCAUUCACAAGACAUAGUCCGGAGACAUUGUUGAACAUGGCCAGAUAUCUUGCUGCUCAGCAACCUGUACCAAAUAUUUCCCAAGUGUAA